CAGAUGGUCCACAUCACGAGUAAAGGUUUAAUGAUGUGGCUCGAUCACGAUCAUAAUCUUAUUACAUCGUGAUCUCCUCCUAUAGGCCGUGAUUGACAUUGGCCGUACCACCCCAUACCACAGUCUUUCAGGGGCAUGUGAUUUACACAAGUACGCUGCCCAAAAAUGGAUGCUGUAAGAAUUGCAGUUUUUGCCGAUUUUCUUUCUUUAAUGGAAAUCUGGAUCACUCAAUUCAGAAAACAAUUAAUGAGCUGUGUACUUCGUACAAAUCUAGAAAGUAAGGAGACAAAUUUUAUCCCGUUCAGUUGAAAAUUAAGUUUCAAAUGGUAAUAUUAGUGUAUGACGCCUAAGUUAAGGUAUUGGCAGGGACGUGAGAUUCCUCCCAGCAAAGGCUAACACUGAAAUAUGCUACAACUUCUUCCGGCGGAACUCGCCAAUACCUUAACAUUGAUAGAACAAGAUACAAAAAAAAAGCCCACAUUUAAACAAUUGGCAAGUCGUUAAUUCAAGAGUGUCUCUUGUCAAUCGAAAUGCUGACAUUGUUGUGCACGCGUUAGUUGAAUUAAUAAUUAAAUAAAAGGCCGACCCUACAGAAAUAAUAAAAGCAAGAGGAGGUGAGAUAGUGGCUACGACAUCGUACAAAGUUCAAAACUCGCAAUCGGCAGUGGAAUCUAUCUGAACCUACAGCCGGCAAGCCAAGUGGCCCCGCCUCAUCGUCCAUUCUCAGCCGGUAUAACCAGUUAAAGCGGGGAAUGGACGCGCAGGUAUUAACUAAUGCAAAGCGAAACCUUUUCCGUUAUGCGAGAAAAUAGAAAAACUCUGGUGUUUCAAAUAAUCAAGCGAAUUCAAUCAAAAUCGACGCUAGCUUGUCGCUAGGAAAAGUACGGGGCGAAAUGGGAUUCUAAAGAGCUAAUAGACUCUGACCAUUGUUCCAUCGUAUCGCAAAUUGCAAGCUCGCCUUUCUUAAUUAUGAUUUGCCAGUUGGCAUAACAGUCCCACAAAGGAACGGGUAAUGUAAAGAACAAAUGAAAACAACAAAAACAAACAAUGACACAAAAGUGGGAACUGGUAUGUCUGGAAUGUGCGGCAACCACGUAAACAGGUGAAGAUAAGCGGACAAUUUACGAUACUUUGUCAGUCGAAUGUCAUAACCCGAUAGCCUACAAUCUAUACGGUCUACCAUCAUCAGGGUUCGUGUUUCUUUUCAGUAUUGUUCCACAACAUCCACGUAAAGGGAAUGAAUCCAAUUGCCAAGAAAGCAAAGGUAGAUUCAAAUUCAUUUCAAUUCAAAAAACCAUUCGCCAUCAGUAAAGUAAAAUUUGGCUAGCAUUCCUAUUAGAUAGAGUGUCAAACAUUCUGGGCACAUUAAAGCAGAACUAACAGUUUAUCUUUUUUAUCCAAAGUGAUCCGAGUCAAAAAGAAAACAACGGGGUCUUACUUAAUUAACGACACGUCAUCACAACACAGCCUCAUUCAAAAUGGAUGCCGAUACAUCCAUUGAGGAAUGCAAUCGUAUCUCGGAAAACGGGGAUUUGACUGGCGUCCAUACAGCGAAAAAUAAGGGGCUGCGCGGAUCUAAAUGGAUUAUAGCAGAUAAGAUUCUCGAGGAAUAUGAAAAGGUCUGUGUCAACACAUCCAAUUUUUCGUCACUGCAUCUAGCGGCAAAACUCACAUUCGGAAUGAGGACAUUUAAGAAAACUUUACGUCAAACGACGAGCGAUAAGAUCGACGCCUUCGACGCAUACGGAUACACCGCACUGCACUGGGCGGCCAACGCAGGAUCGGCCAUCAAAAUCCAAUUGCUCUUGGAUAACAAAGCUGAUGUCAACGUUCAAGAUCAAAUCCAAGGCAAAACUGCCCUUCAUUUGGCGCUGCUAAAGAGAUGGGAAUCUGCCGCCGAGCAAUUGCUGCAAUGCGACCGGGUGGAUGUCAACAUUCAGGAGAAAAACAGGUGGACGGCACUUCACCAAGCCGCUUUAUGGAAAAACGUUCCAACUGAUUUGUUCAAGACGAUCAUCGACAAAUCUUCAAACGUCAACGCAAAGUCAAUUUUGGGGAGAACGGCUCUUCAUUUGGCGCUACGCAAGAAAUCGGCCACUGCCGCCAAAGAGCUUUUGAAUUACAACAAGAACGGCCAACGUGUGGAUGUUAACAUCACAGAUGGCCUCGGUAAGACGGCCCUCCAUUACGCCGCCGGAUGGCCAAACAUUCCCGUCGGGUUAUUCAAAGAGAUACUCCGAAAUUCGGCCGAUGUCAACGCGAUUGAGAAAAUGGAAGAAUCAACGGCUCUUCAUUUCGCAUUGGAAAAACAAUCGAUCACUGCAACUGCGCAUCUACUCGGACAUCCAGACAUCAAUUUGAAUAUCAAGAAUAAGAAGCAUUUCCUUCCAUUUCGCUUUGCUGUCGAGUGGCGCGACAUUCCGCCGCAUCUAUUCAGCAUAAUGCUGAAGAAAAUAUCUAACGCCAGAGAGAAAACUGGGGAGCAGGUGGCUCUUCAUUCAGAAGUCGACGCGAAAACGGAUAUUGCAAUUAACCCACUAACCAAAGAUGAAAAAGCGGACGUCACUAAAGAAGAUAACGAGAACUGCACAGCGACUCCUGCGACGGUGGAUGUGACAGCCAAUCAGAGUCGACUUUUAGACGAUGAACUUCCAAGAUUGCACGCUACUUCCGGUCCUGAACGGCCAGUCGAGCAAGACGUGUCUCUCGAAAUAGACAGUGAAUUAAAAUUAAACGAUUCGAAUGAUCUACUUGUAACAACUUACGAAGAUGAGUUAGAUGAUACAUCGCAUCAAGGAGUCAUCAAUCAGCUGGAACUCAAAAAGAAUACGUUUGCUAAAAAGGAAAGCGAAUUGCGUCGACUAUGUGCACGCGAUGUUUCAAUGGAUCUAACUGCAAAAAUUAAGACUUUAAUCGACCUCGGGAUUAAUGUGAACGCAACGGACAAGUACGGACGGAAUGCGCUCCAUUUUCUGUGCCGAAAUAAUUCAAGUCCAAACUUAACAGACGCGAUUCGACUCCUAAUCCAACACGGAAUCAACGUUAACGCAGCGAACAAAUUCGGACAAAAUGCGCUUCACUGUUUAUGUCAAAAGAAUUCAAGUUCAAACUUAAUCGAUGCAAUUCAAAUGUUAUUUCAAUUCGAAUUAGAAGUGAACGCCAAAGACAAAGUUGGAUGGAGUGCGCUCCAUUACUUGUGUGUUUACAAAUCAACAUCAAAUUUAAUCAAAGCAACUAAAAUCUUAAUUAAACAAGGAAUUGACGUCAACGCAAAAUCCACGAAUGGACGGAACGCGCUCCAUUAUUUGUGUUUUUACAAUUCAGGCUCAAAUUUAAUUGGCGCCGUUCAAAUCUUAAUUGAACACGGAAUCAGUGUUACAUCCGACGGCCACGACGCACGAUCCAUUUUACGCGAACAUUACAGAAAGAGCGAUAAGGAAGAUAUCAUAAAACUUAUGGACGACGCAGUUCUUGCCCAGAGUUAAUCGAUCAGAAAUUCAAAGCCACUCCCGGCCCUUUCCUUGCGAAUACGUUUCCAUCGCAAGUUGCCUACUUCCUUAUUUGUUAUGUUGUUUCAUGCUAACAAAUUCGCUAUAAACAAAAUAAACGUGUAAGUCGCAAAAAAUUGCUGUCAAACGAGCAGAAUAUGAGAUGACGAUCGGUAGCUACGAAAAAGAUAAAU